CUGGCGGGUCACUGAGGAGGUUCCCAGGGGAAGCCCCUCCCCGCCGGGCGGGUCACUGGGGGGGAAUCCCGGGGAAGCCCCCCCGCCAGGCAGGUCCCUAAGGAGGUUCCCGGGGGAAGCUCUUCCCCGAGCUGGGGCGGCACUGGCGGGGGGGAUCCCGGGGGAAACCCCUCCCUGGCCUGGCGGGUCACUAGGUAGGGGGAUCCCGGGGAAGCCCCUCCCCGUCGGGCGGGUCCCUGAGGAGGUUCCCGGGGGAAGCCCCUCCCCGGGCCGGGGUGGAUCUCUCCGGGCGGCGGGAGAAGCUGAGUCCCCGCCCCGGCUCCCCGCUCGCCAUGGCGGCCCAGCUGCUGAUGAUGAUCCCGGCUCUGGGCAGCUUCCUCUUCACCUUCGGCACCGGCGUGGAGCUGAUCCGCUUCGCCUCGCUGCGCGCCGUGCUGCCGGGCGGGGGGCGGCCGGAGGCCACCCCCCACGUGGAGUGGGGGGCUGCCCUGCGGGACCCCCGGGUGCUGUGGCCCCUGGCCAUGGACCUGGGCCUGGUGGUGGUCUUUGUGCUGCAGCACAGCCUCAUGGCCACCGCGCUGGUCAAGCGCUGGACCACCAGCUGCUUUGGGGUGCUGCAGAGAUCCUUCUACGUCUUCUGCACCGCCCUGGCCCUCCAGCUGCUGAUGCGGUACUGGCAACCUGUCCGGCACGGCCCCCUGCUCUGGAACGCCUACACAGAGCCCUGGGACACCUGGGUCCCGCUCAUCUGCUUCAUCCUGCACUUCAUCGCCUGGCUGGUUAUCUUCAGUGUCAUCCUCAUCUUCGACUAUGCUGAGCUCAUGGGAGUCAAACAGGUUUAUUACCACUGCCUGGGCAUGGGGGACCCGCUGGCGCUGAAGUCCGUGCGGGCUGUGCGGCUCUAUUCUCACCUUCGCCACCCCGUCUACCUGGAGUUCCUGCUGGUGCUGUGGGCCGUGCCCUGCCUGGCUCUGGAUCGCCUCCUGCUGGCUGGCCUCUUCACCACCUACCUGAGCUGCGGGCACAGCCUGGACCAGCAGGACUACCUCUACCUGCGGGCCCAGCUUGACAAGAAGCUCCUGGUCUUCUCCCGUGAGGAGGCGGCCUACGGGGACAUGCUGGCCCGCAAUGGUCCCGCACGUGGCAAGGAGAGCUGAGAGGCCAGGGCCUGGGUCUCUGCCAUGCACUGAUGCCCUUAGGUCAAAAACCUUGCGCUAGUUACUGUAGGAUUAUCACUUCUGAGUGCCUAGCAUCUGCAGCAGCUUGCAAAACCAAUCCCGUCCCAGCUCUAACCACUAGGCUCCACUUCCUCCCAGACAGAGGGGUAGAGCCCAGGAGUCCUGGCUCCCAGCUCCCCCUGCUCUAACCAUUACAUCCCAGUCUCCUCUCAUAGGGUUUUAAGUUCUAUUCCCAGCUCUGGGACGGGAGUGGGGUCUAGUGGUUAGAGCAGGGUGGGAGCUGAGAGUCAGGACUUC